AUGUCCAAAAUCUUUGACAAACUCCACGGCGGCUCUUCGGAUGCCUCUGCCGAAGGCUCCAAGAAUGGCUCUCUUCCUGCCGCCGCCACUUACGACAGCGAAGUUGGUCGCAUCGAGCAUGCACGGGAAGCCAAGCGACAGAUUGGUGUUACCACUGCCAUCUUCCUUAUCGUGAACCGUGUCGUCGGUACCGGUAUCUUCGCCACCCCCGGUUCCAUUCUCAAACUCUCCGGCAGUGUCGGUCUGUCCCUCUUCAUCUGGGUCGCCGGUAUGAUCAUCGCCCUCGCCGGUACCGCCGUCUACCUUGAAUGGGGAACCGCCAUUCCCAAGAACGGUGGUGAGAAGAACUACCUCGAAUACGUCUUCCGUCGCCCCAAGUUCCUGACUACUGGUCUGUACACCGGCUACGUUAUCCUCCUCGGUUGGGCCAGUGGUAACUCCGUCGUCUUCGGCGAGUACAUCCUCCACGCCGCCAACGUCGAGGUUGACCGCUGGAACCAGCGUGGUAUCGGUCUGGCUUGCAUUACCUCCGCUUUCCUGAUCCACGGUCUCGCGCUCAAGUGGGGCCUGCGCCUGCAGAACAUCCUCGGUUCCAUCAAGUUGAUCAUCAUCUUAAUCAUCAUUCUCUGCGGCUUCAUUGCUCUCGGAGGCCACGUCAAGCUGCCCGAGGACCAGAAGCCUCACAACUUCCGCAAUGCCUUCGAGGGCACUACCGGUAGCGCUUACGGUGUCGUCACUGCUCUGUACAACGUCAUCUGGAGUUACAUUGGAUACAGCAACGCCAACUACGCCCUCAGCGAGACCAGGAACCCCGUUCGCACCCUCAAGAUCGCUGCCCCUGCCGGUAUCAUCACCAUCUCCAUCCUUUACAUGCUCGUCAACAUCGCCUACUUCGCCGCUGUUCCCAGGGACGAGAUUCUUGAGGGUGGUCGCCUCGUCGCCGCUUCUCUGUUCCGCAAUGUUAUGGGCGGAACUGCUGAGCGCGCUCUGUCCGUCUUUGUCGCCCUGUCUGCCUACGGCAAUGUCCUGAGUGUCAUUUUCUCCCAGGGUCGUCUCGUCCAGGAGCUCGGUCGUGAGGGUAUUCUGCCUUUCUCCCGCUUCUUCGCCAGCAACAAGCCCUUCAACGCCCCUCUUGCUGGUCUCUUUGAGCACUGGCUCAUUUGCGUAAUCACCAUGCUCGCCCCUCCUCCUGGUGAUGCCUACAACUUCAUCCUCAACCUUAUCAGCUACCCCCUCGCCAUCAUCAACGUCUUCGUCGCUGGUGGUCUGGCUUACCUUUACCUCAACCGCAAGGAGUGGAACUGGAGCCCUCCCAUCAGCGCCAGUCUUCCCGUCGUCAUCUUCUUCAUGCUCAGCAACGUCUACCUUGUCAUUGCCCCCUUCGUUCCCCCUGAGGAGGGCCAGAACGUCUACGAGAGCCUUCCGUACUACCUUCACUGCGUUGUCGGUAUUGCCAUUAUCGUCGCCGGUGGUCUCUACUGGGUUGUUUGGGCCAAGAUUCUUCCCAGGAUUGGUGGCUACGAGCUUGUGCGCGAGGUUGUCGUCGACGAGAUCGACGGCUGGGAGAGAAACGUCUUUUUCAAGAGACCGUUGGGCGAGUCGGUUGCUUCCGAGCACCGCUCUUCCCCUGAAGUGCCUAAAUAA